AAGCUUGUUUUUGUAAAGAUCAAGUUAAUAAACACAGCAAAUUCAUUUAAUGGCGUUGCCAGAUGUGUUGCUUGGCGGGUCUAUUGGUAAUUUAAAUUUAAAAAACUAAGCUAAGGAAUAGGUUAGUUUUUUAUUUUUUGAUUCCUAAUAUGUGAUGUUAUAUUGACUUCAAUUUGAAGUUAUUAAAGAGUGCCGAUCAGUAGCCAAAGCUGGGGAAGUGGAUAUCCGCACCGUAGCCAAGUCAAAUGGUGCGCUAAAACUAAAAAGCGCGUGCAAUUGACAAUCAACUCACAUAUACGUACUUUUAUGAGUGAUAUUAAAAAUGUUUAGAGCUCUUCAGUCGUACAAAGCACUUGACUCAUGUUUGCUGUUAGACACAGGAGCCACACACAUGCGAGCUGCAAUUACUUCCGUUUCUAGCCGAGUUUUUUGUUUUGUUUUGCCAUCCGAGUCUUAAGAAAACAACAACAUAGUUUGUGGGUGUCACAAGUGCGCAAAGGCAAAGCCCGAGCAUAGCAGAGUAGAGCACGCGACGUUACGGCUGGUCGAGUCGGCGGCUGUGGGGGGUUGUGUAUGUCCAGAUGUUGCGCACAAUUAUCAUAUCAGCGGCACAUCAUUUACAUUUAAGUGGAAAAACAGAUUGAGCCAAUCGACUGCGAAGAGUGCCAGCCAAUGAGCGGUUCGUGCAGAAACUCGUCUUAAGAGGCGUCUUCGUUUGCCCGAACGCGCAGUAUUAAUUAGAGUGUUCGUCUAACAGGAGCUACCAUGAAGAGCUCCGGCACAGAUCUAGCCGCCUAUUACGUAAAUGACUUCGAGAACUUUGACUACAGCUACAACUAUGAGCCGACCAAUGCGCCCAGUUAUGAGGAUUACAGCAAUAGAUCCUGGGAAGGAAACACGGCUGCAGCUUAUAGCUGUCAUACUCUGCAAUUAGCAGCUAGCGUAGCUUCACCCACCACUAUCGAGGAGUCAAAUGUCACUGCAGCCAGCAGCAGUAGCUCGCAACGGAAGGAACGCACAGCUUUUACUAAAACGCAGCUCAAGCAACUGGAGGCGGAAUUUUGCUACUCCAAUUACCUGACACGACUGCGUCGGUAUGAGAUUGCCGUCGCCCUGGAGCUAAGCGAGCGUCAGGUUAAGGUGUGGUUUCAAAAUCGUCGCAUGAAGUGCAAACGCAUCAAACUUGAGAUGUCCGGGUCUACAAAAGCGCACAAUUAGUUUACUUU